AUGGCAGAUAUGGAUCGGAACCGUCGGAUGGUUGCUAUCGCUAAACAGAAUCUGAUCGAAUCUGGAGAACGGGAACAACUGAUACAACUGUUGCGGACACGGCUUCUCGAGUGCGGAUGGAGGGAUCAGGUGGUGAUGCAGUGCAAGGAUGUGGUGAGAGAUGUCGGCGUAGAGAACAUCACAUUAGAUAAACUCAUAGCAGAAGUGACGCCAAAAGCCCGACAAUCGGUUCCCGAUUCAGUGAAACGGGAAUUACUUCAGAAGAUCAAGACUUCCGUCUCAAACCAGAGCUCAUUCUCGACAUCGCCUUUCAAUCACAACUAA